AUGGCGCAACUCACUCUAGCGUCCAAGUAUAAGAUAUUGUCGGGCUAUGAGAUCCCCGUCUUAGGAUUCGGGACUGCUGCUGGUGCUGACCGACACUACAAAAUCGGCCACGAAAACGGCGUGGCAGCCAACAUUCACGCACUCAAAUCUGGAUACAGACACUUUGACUCAGCCCGCAUGUACGACAGCGAAAAGGCUUGUGGCGAAGCAAUUAGAGCAAGCGGCAUCCCUCGCGACCAAAUCUUUGUCACCACCAAAGUGCGCAAGGGCGGAUACAAGGAGACCAAAAAGGCCAUUGAAACAAGUCUCCAGGAGACUGGGCUGGAUUAUAUCGACUUGUAUCUCAACCACAGUCCCUAUGGUGGUCCGGAAGCAAGAAAGGGAACCUGGAGAGCCUUUGUUGAAGCAAAGAAAGAAGGAAAGAUUCGAUCCAUGGGAGUAUCUAACUACGGCGUGCAUCAUCUUGAGGAGACGCUAGCGUACAUCAAAGAGCUUGAAGGAGAGUUGGGCCAAGGCAACGCGGGAGAGAUUAGCGUUGGGCAGGGGGAGCUGCAUCCAUGGCUGGCUCAUCCAGACAUCGUUGAGUGGUGUAAGAAGCACGGAGUUGUGAUUGAGGCAUAUUGUCCGAUUGUCAAGGGGCAGAGAUUCGAAGAGCCGCAGGUGCAGGCUCUGAUGAACAAGUAUGGGAAGACUGGGGCGCAGAUUCUGUUGCGAUGGAGUUUGCAAAAGGGUUUUGUUCCUCUGCCAAAGAGCGAGACGCCGUCGAGGAUCGAGUCUAACACGCAACUGUACGAUUUUGAACUGACCGAGGAGGAUAUGGCGACGCUGGACUUUGAUUCGUAUUCGCCAACUACAUGGGAUCCUACAGUUAGCCUUCUUGAAAACUGA